AUGGCCAAUCCUCCUCAUGGCGGGGUCCUCAAGGACCUGCUUGCUCGCGAUGCCCCACGACAUGCUGAGCUCUCCGCGGAGGCUGAGUCUUUACCCGCCGUCACGCUCACGGAGAGACAUCUGUGCGAUCUGGAGUUGAUUCUCAAUGGAGGUUUCAGCCCUCUGGAAGGGUUCAUGAACGAGCAGGAUUAUAAUGGUGUUGUUGAGAACGUGCGCCUUGCAGACGGCAACCUCUUCAGUAUCCCCAUCACUCUGGAUGUUUCGCAAGAAACCAUUGACAGUGCGGGCAUUGCUCCUGGCGCCCGCAUCACCCUCAGAGACUUCCGGGACGACCGCAACCUGGCCAUCCUGACAGUUGAUGAUGUCUACAGACCAGACAAGGAGAAGGAGGCGAAGGAGGUCUUUGGUGGUGAUAAAGAGCACCCUGCUGUUCAGUUCCUCUUCAACCAGACCAAGGACUUCUACGUUGGAGGAAAGAUCGAGGCUGUCAACAAGUUGAAUCACUACGACUAUGUCGGUCUGCGAUAUUCUCCUGCAGAGUUGCGUCUGCAUUUCGACAAACUCGGCUGGACUAAAGUUGUUGCUUUCCAGACAAGAAACCCCAUGCACAGAGCUCACCGUGAGCUGACAGUCCGUGCUGCUCGUGCUCGCCAGGCCAACGUCCUCAUCCACCCCGUCGUUGGAUUAACAAAGCCUGGUGACAUCGAUCACUUUACCCGUGUCAGAGUGUACCAGGCUCUUCUGCCUCGUUACCCCAACGGAAUGGCUGUCCUUGGUCUCCUUCCUCUUGCCAUGAGAAUGGGUGGUCCCAGAGAAGCUAUCUGGCACGCUAUCAUCCGCAAGAACCACGGUACUACUCACUUUAUCGUUGGUCGUGACCACGCUGGCCCAGGAAAGAACUCCAAGGGCGAGGAAUUCUACGGUCCUUAUGACGCUCAGCACGCUGUUGAGAAAUACAGAGAUGAGCUUGGCAUUGAGGUCGUGCCAUUCCAGCAGUUGACUUAUCUUCCUGAUACCGAUGAGUAUAAGCCAAGAGACGAGAUCCCAGAGGGCGUCAAGACCCUGGACAUUAGCGGCACUGAGCUCCGCAAGCGCCUACGGAUCGGCGCCCCCAUCCCAGAGUGGUUCUCGUAUCCCGAGGUCGUCAAGGUUCUCCGAGAGUCGAACCCUCCUCGAUCUCAGCAAGGUUUCACUGUCUUCCUCACUGGUUACCAGAACAGCGGCAAGGAAGCCAUCGCCCGUGCCCUUCAAGUCACUCUCAACCAGCAGGGUGGCCGUCCCGUGUCUCUUCUUCUCGGUGAGACCGUAAGACACGAACUGUCCGCCGAAUUGGGCUUCUCCCGAGAGGAUCGCCACACCAACAUCCAGCGUAUUGCCUUCGUCGCUGCUGAGCUGACCAAAGCCGGCGCUGCCGUUAUUGCCGCCCCCAUUGCCCCCCAUGAGCACAGCAGAGCACAGGCACGUGAGACUAUCUCCUCGGCCGGUACCUUCUUCCUCGUCCACGUCGCGACCUCCCUCGAAUACUCCGAGAAGACCGAUCGCCGAGGCGUCUACGCCAGAGCCAGAAGAGGUGAGAUCAAGGGCUUCACUGGAGUGGAUGACCCAUACGAGACCCCCGAGAAGCCCGACAUCACUGUCGAUAUUGAGAAGCAGACUGUCCGCAGUGCUGUCCAUGAGAUUAUUUUGUUGCUUGAGAGCCAGGGUUUCUUGGACAAAUUCUAG